CCCGUGCAGUACUGCCAGUGCUUCGUCUACGCCGCGGUCGCGACGUCCCUGUCGCGCGCGCUCGGCGUCGCGGCGCGGCCCGUGACGAACUUCCAGAGCGCGCACGACGGCGAGAAGAACCGGGCCAUCGAGAAGUUCUACGACAUCGCGGGCGCCGCGUGGGAGCCCGUCACGGACGGCGCGCCGAGCCACGACAGCAUCUGGUCCUUCCACGUCUGGACGGAGAUGUACUUUGACCGGGCCGACGUCGACUGCGGCGCGCUGUCCCUGCGGAGCUCGUGCGCGAACGGCUGGCAGGCCGUCGACGCGACGCCGCAGGAGGAGAGCGCCGGCGGCGGCUUCCAGCCCCUCGAGGCGCUCUACCGCAUGGGGCCCGCGUCCGUGGCCCUCGUGAAGCGCGGCUACGGCGGCGACUACGACAGCGAGUUCGUCGUCUCGGAGGUCAACGCGGACAUCAACCUGUGGACGCGGUCUUCCAAAGAGGAG